AUGCGCAUUGUAGAAUACAUUUCCUCAUGGCUGAAAUACAGCUCUGGGAGAACCUUGCUUCAGAAGUGUGAAGCUCCUGUGGAGAUAGGUGCUUUUUCAGAAGUUUUCCUGGUGAAGCACCGAACGACCGGCAAGCUUUAUGCCUUGAAAUGCAUUAAAAAGUCGCCUGUCACCCGGGACAGCAGCCUAGAUAAUGAAAUAGCUGUGCUGAAGAAAAUAAAGCAUGACAACAUAGUGACUCUGGAGGACAUUUAUGAGAGUACGACCCACUAUUAUCUGGUCAUGCAGCUUGUGUCUGGAGGAGAAUUAUUUGACCGUAUUUUGGAACGAGGUGUUUACACUGAAAAGGAUGCAAGCAUUGUAAUUCAACAAGUCCUGGGAGCUGUGCAUUAUCUUCAUGAGAAUGGGAUAGUCCACCGAGAUCUGAAGCCUGAAAACCUGCUCUACCUAACUCCCGAGGAGGACUCCAAAAUCAUGAUCACAGACUUUGGUUUGUCUAAAAUGGAGCAGAAUGGCAUCAUGUCUACAGCGUGUGGGACUCCAGGAUAUGUUGCUCCCGAGGUGCUAGAACAAAAGCCAUAUAGCAAAGCUGUUGAUUGCUGGUCCAUCGGAGUCAUUACCUACAUCCUCCUGUGUGGAUACCCUCCUUUCUAUGAAGAGACAGAGUCCAAACUGUUUGAGAAGAUCAGAGAAGGAUACUAUGAAUUUGAGUCUCCAUUUUGGGAUGAUAUCUCUGAAUCAGCCAAGGAUUUCAUCUGUCACUUACUGGAGAAGGAUCCAAAUGAGAGGUUUACCUGUGAGAAAGCCCUCAGGCACCCCUGGAUUAAUGGAAACACAGCUCUCCACCGUGACAUAUAUCCCUCUGUCAGUGCACAGAUCCAGAAAAAUUUUGCUAAGAGCAGGUGGAAGCAAGCCUUCAAUGCUGCAGCUGUCGUACACCACAUGAAGAAGCUCCAUAUGAACUGCCACCACCCAGAUACCAAAACCAAAAGCAGUCUCCCGCUCAUAGAAGUGCAAAAUGCAUCAAGACCCAACACUCCAUCAGUCACCAGCCACGAAGAACCAAAUCGAGAGGCCAAGAUGCUGGUCCCUGUGCUAUCGUGCCAGAACACUCUGGAGCUUUCUAAUCAACAAAGCAAGAUGGCAGACAGCAAGUGUUUGGAUCACCCGGCUACCACACCCCUCCCUAUCACUCCCAGCACAGCCACAGAAGACCACCAGAGCCCUCCAAACGGACCUUCAUUUAGCUGCAACACAGCAUGUGGAACACAUGAGAAAGUGAAGACGGCUUUUUGCUCAGAGUCAGCGCUCCUCAAAAGAGGUGCCAAACCCCAUCAUUUCAACUCAGAAGUCCUUGUUCCAGUGAAAGCCAGUAACCACUCCUAUUUUGGCACCGGGCAAACUGGAGUUUGUCUGGUGAUGUGAUUGGAAAAUCAGCCAUUUGAGUCUUUCUCAUACGUUUACCAGAAGGGCUGUUGGAUUCAUCUCUUCAAAGCCACAAAAUCAAACAUCAAUUGUGCAAGAAGAGGAGCCUGGUCUGAGCUCUGCCAGGCCGAAGUGAGUUCUCAGUUGCCUGUGGCCAUUCAUUAAAGUGCUGCACAUUCAUAGGCCUGAGAGCAGUGCUUUUUCAGGGGGUACUCCAGUACCAGCACCUCUUUUUUGUUGUUAAAAAGUAUGGCACUUACUGUAACAACUUCAUGGUGAGUACCGGCACCUAUUUUUCUAGGGGGGGAAAGCACUGGGCCUGAGGAUUUCUGUGAUGCAAUUGACUAGAGGGGUCAUUAAUACCAACAUGAAAACAGUUCUAUAAAAGGAAGGCAAGUUUUUGCUAGCCAUUUCAGUGUGCUUAUUUACAUCCUUGCAAAAAGCUAUAUUUUAUGCUGGGGCGGGAAGUAGAGGGCAUGUUUGCUUUGUAUCUAUAGCCUGUAGCUGUCCAGUGGAAUAACAGAACACUUGCCAGGAGUUCUUUUGUGCUGAGCCCAUGUGGAAAAGGUGAUCAAGUCUGAAUGCAUUCUAUUCUGGUUCGCUUUUGUAGCUUUCAUUACAGCUGUGGUAGCCAAUGAUAUGCCCUCCAGAUGUAGGUGGGCAAAAACUUUCGUAUUCCUUGUACAUCUUCCGAUGGAUGCAGAGGGGACAGACAUAGCAUUCCUAUUCCCUUGAUGAACCCAACUUCUGCUUCCAAGCCAGUGAUUCUACAAUAUGUACCAUGCUUAAUAAAGCCGAUUGGUUUUUAAGUGCUUGCUGGUUAUUGAUGGCAAAGGAAGUGAUCUGUUAAUUCAUUCUGGAGGGCGCUCACCUGAACUCCAAGGGCAGAUUUUCUUCCUGCCGUCUGCAGAGUGUUAUGCUGUCAAUAAAGCAGGUGGUGGCUAAUAAGACAAGAUGUCCUUGUAAUA